CUCAACGUUUCAGCUGCCGUUGAAUACAUCGUUUGGAAGCUCGUUGCAGAUAAACUUGGGCAGCUAGAUAUCCCCCUAGACUAACCAAAAUGAGAUUUUGGACUUUACUAGCGAUACUGUGCAUCGCGUUUAUCGUGAGCGCAAACGCCUUGAGGUCUACGAGAAGGCGUCCCACUAGAACUCCAACUCGUCCCAGCAACCGACAUCCAGUAGACCUGCCGCCAUCCUACAAUUCCGUCAUCAACGAAAAACCGCCGCCGUACGAGCAUCCACCGUCAUACGAGCAAUGCUAUCCCAAGAAGUGUAAGAGCUGCGGCCUCAACCGCAACGUAUGCGGUCAUCCCCAAUCGCGUCUUAGCAAAAUUUGCAUAGGUAUUCUUGAAUGUUGCUGCAAACUUUUGGAUUGAGCGGAAAAGAGGCCAGUAACUCAGUUUAAAAGCUGCAUCGUCACCUUUACCAUACCGGCUUUUCCAGUUAAUAAAUAAUUAUGGUAACUUAA